UACCGAGACUUUCCUUUGUCCGUCUGUCACCAUGACAAGUGGGAGUCUCUUGGAUGGUGUCGGUCCACAGUUCCGGCCAUAUCUGCCUCUCCCCUCUUCUCUCUCUCUGGCUCACUCUCUUGCUUUCUCUCCAGAGACAAGUAACCCAGAUUUCAAACUGAAUUGCUGCCUAUUCCUCUCCUUCUCCUCCCAUCUCCUGCCUCCCUCCCUCUCUCUCUCUCUCCCAUCCCCUCUUCCUCUUAGUAAAAACGGAAUCACUCUCGAAAAGAAGAAUUCCACCUCUCCAGCUCUUCCCCCUCUCCAUCCUGUGUGGGUUAACAGAUACACAGCACUUCACUCCACUCUUUUCUCUCGUUCUUGGACAGCUUCAAUCUUACCCCUGGUUACUUGUCCUGUUUUGUAGGCUGCUGUUUCCUUUCUCCCCUAUUUCUCCUCCAGCUCUUCCUUCCUGCCACCACUUGCCGUGUCUUUUUUCUCUUUCCUUCACUGUUUCUUUUUUUUUUGACGUGACCAGCGACAGGUGCCAAGCAAUAGCAAGCAACCUAUCCAAGGAAAAGCUACAGAGGGGAGAGGAAGAGGGGAAGCCUGCUCUUUGAUCAAGUCUGUCAGCCAAAAUAACCAGUAAGUCAGGCAGCAUGUCUACUCCUGUGUCCCCGUCACCCUCUCUCUCCCCACUGACCCUGGCUUCCCCAGCAGCCACUCCCUCUCCAGGGGCCUCCCCCCUGCCCUCUCCCCUCUCCCCCCCUCCCAGGGUGCCUGUGUUCCAGAGGAAAGGGGCGCUCAAACAUAAGAGAAUCAUCGAGGUCAAGGACCACCAGUUCACCGCUCGUUUCUUCAAACAGCCCACGUUCUGCAGUCACUGCACCGACUUCAUCUGGGGAAUUGGAAAACAGGGAUUUCAAUGUCAAGUGUGCAGUUUCUCCGUGCACAAACGAUGUCACGAGUACGUAACCUUCACGUGCCCUGGAGCCCCCACCGCUCCUAAAGAAGAUCUGAAAAGUAAACACAGAUUUAGACCACAGACAUACACCUCUCCGACAUUCUGUGACCACUGCGGUUCUCUCCUGUAUGGCCUAAUCCAACAGGGCAUGAAAUGCUCCUGUUGCGAGAUGAAUGUCCACAAGCGCUGUGAGAGCCUGGUGCCUAGCCUGUGUGGUCAGGACCAUACAGAGAAGAGAGGCCGGAUCCACCUGACUGCCCGGGGAGAGAACGAAGAGAUCUUCAUCACAGUGCGGGAGGCUCGUAACCUGAUCCCCAUGGACCCUAACGGUCUCUCGGACCCCUACGUAAAGCUCAAGCUCAUCCCUGAUCCUAAGAGCCAGAGCAAGCAGAAGACAAAGACCAUCCGCUCCACACUUAACCCUGUCUGGAAUGAAAGCUUCACCUUCUCAGUCCGCGGGCGGCAGUGGGACCGCCGUCUGUCAGUGGAGGUGUGGGAUUGGGACCGUACUUCCCGGAAUGACUUCAUGGGAUCUCUGUCGUUUGGAGUGAGCGAGAUAUUCCGGCGCUCCGUCAGUGGCUGGUUCAAACUACUGGACCAGGAUGAGGGGGAGUACUACAACAUGCCCGUGCCUGAUGAGAAUGAGCCUGGGGGCCUUGAUGCUUUACCUCCUUCCUCUCUCCCCCCGUGCCUGAGGCCUAAGCCUGUCCCUGUCACCCUCCCUGGGUCCACCAUGUCCCCUUCUAGUCCUGCUGUCCCCUGUGUGGCCCCUGUCCCUGCAGAACCAGUCAAGCCCAGGGUCUGCCUCCAGGACUUUAACUUCCUCAUGGUGUUGGGAAAGGGCAGUUUUGGAAAGGUUCUCCUGGCUGAGGAGAGAGGGAGUGAGCGUCUGUUUGCAGUGAAAGUGUUGAAGAAGGAUGUGCUGUUCCAGGAUGAGGAUACGGAGAGUGCCAUGGUGGAGCGGAGGGUUCUGGGACUUUCCAAACGCCCACACUUCCUCACAGCUCUCUACUCAGCCUUCCAGACAGAGGAUCGCCUCUACUAUGUGAUGGAGUAUGUGAAUGGAGGAGACCUCAUGUUUCAUAUCCAGAUUGUUGGCAAAUUUAAAGAACCUCACGCAGCGUUUUAUGCAGCAGAGAUAGCCAUAGGCCUCUUCUUCCUCCACAAUAAAGGAAUAAUCUACAGGGAUCUGAAGUUGGAUAAUGUGUUGCUGGACAGUGAAGGUCAUAUAAAGAUUGCCGAUUUUGGGAUGUGCAGGGAGGGCAUGUUUGAAGGUGACACUACACGUACCUUCUGUGGGACCCCAGACUACAUCGCACCAGAGAUUGUGGCAUACCAGCCCUAUGGCAAGGCCGUUGACUGGUGGUCGUAUGGUGUGCUUCUCUAUGAGAUGUUAGCUGGGCAGCCUCCAUUUGACGGUAUUGAUGAGGAGGAGUUAUUUCAGUCCAUCAUGGAGCAGAAUGUCUCCUAUCCCAAAAGUCUUUCCCGCGAGGCCGUCUCCAUCUGCAAGGGGCUCCUGACAAAGCACCCUGCAAAGCGCCUGGGCGGAGGGGAGGAGGCAGAGAGAGAGAUACGGGAGCAUCCAUUCUUCCGCUGGAUGGACUGGGACCGACUGGAGAGACUGGAAAUACAGCCCCCCUUCAAACCCAGAACUGGUGGGAAGAAAGGAGAGAACUUUGAUAAGUUCUUUACGGCGGCUCCAUCUGUGCUGACGCCCUCUGACCCUGAUGUUCUGGCGGCCAUCGACCAGGAAGACUUCCAGGGCUUUUCAUUCAUUAACCCUGAGCUUGCACCGCCAACCCUCACGGCCGUCUGAGGGGGUGCAACUCUAGCCUCUCCUUGUCUAACAGGCUUUUUCUAAUGCAAAUAACUUGAUUAACACAAGGAAUCACACGUGCACAGAUAGCUCUCACUCUCUGCUUUGUUUUUAGAGCCUGUGUUUGUAGUUUAUUUUUCAGAGGAAAACGUGUGCUCUACCGGGAACAAUCUCCAGUUUGUUUGUAAAAGUCAAAUUCCAAUUUUAGUUGAUGCAAUGCAUGCCAAACAAGAUGACUGAUUUAACGAGUUGAUGCCGUUAAUAGCAAUCAGAUACUGUAAAAGGACACUCGAUAUGCUCUUACAUCGCCAGUGAUUUUAAGGUAACUGUAUUAUAUUUCAUGCCAUCAUCCUACGGUAGGGUCAAUAUCAGAUCGAACACAUAGAAAUACAGCUGGAGCUGUGCAUAUGCCAAAUUAACAAAUCAUUCUAAUUAAAAUGUGUUACCUAACAUUAUUUAAAUGAACAUUAUUUGUGUUAUAUUAUUACAUUAUAUUACCAAAAAUUGCUCCUUGUAUUGUGUUUCAAAUUUAACUUAAAUCCAUUAAUCGUUAUGAUUGUGAUAUAGUUAGAAACCUAGAAGACUGGUAAGAAAUCUCACAAAUCAUUAUAUAUUAGUGUUAGAAAAGGUUGCUCCUUAUCACUGAUCCAGCAUCAGAUUCCCAUACCCCAGGCCUAACGUUAACCAUUGAACCCAAGGUUAAAGGUAAAUGUCAAUACAUAUUAAACAAUCUCACUCUGCCUUCUGAAGUUAAGGGCAAAUUAAACCAAGUCUAUUAUUACUUACCCUCUCAUUUCAACAAAUAAAAUAUUUCUUUACGUAUAUAAAACAACCAAGUCAAUGUGAUUCAUGUUUACCUAGUGUACAGUAAAACACUUUAAGCAUAACACGUCAUUCUAUUCCCAGAUCUAUUUGUAUAUUUGUUCAGUUUCUUGCUGAUUUGACGCUUUGGCAUGGACCCAGACCGAAUGUGAAAUUGCUAACUCAGGUCUGGCGGAACUAGCUGAGCCAGGACGGCAACACAUCAGACACAUGACCUGAGCCUACCCAGGACAUCUCAGGAAAACACUGUCAGGGUGUGGCUUCCAUGGUUAUUAGGGUUCAGUUCCGCCCAACCUGUGAAAUCUCUGAGGAUUCGGUUCAGUUUCUUGCUCUCAAAGGACAUGAUAUUAAAAUGUGGUGUGGCAUUCAGUGUUUCUUUUUGCUGAGGUUCACCCAAUGGUGUGUGAGGGACUGACAGUUACACAGGAAAUGCAAUGAUGAAAUGUGUGAUGGGUGACACAGGAAAUGUAAUAAAAAUGGACUGGAAAUGUCAUAAGGUAAUGUGAAAAGAAAUGUUGGGACUCAUCGAUUUUCAAGAAGAUGACCAGAUCCUUUUUACUUGGCGUCUAGGAUUGUGGGCCUAUUGAGUUACUGUAGCAUUUUAGAUUCUUCAUUUACAUUUAAUAAACAUUUACAAGUAUUUUUUACAUAAUG